GAUGGUGUCAAAGAAACAGGAGUGUCAUUAGCAUUCACUGUUCGUGAACUUGAUGCUGGACCAAUCAUUGCUAAUGAAGGUUUUGAAGUUGAUGAUCAAAUUAAGGCGCCUGAUUUGCUUUCUCAGCUGUUUUUUGAAGGAUCAAAACUUCUUGUCCGUGAACUUGCUUCCAUAUUUGAUGGAUCUGCAAGGGUGAAAGCUCAACCUCAAGAUCACAAUAAGGCUACAUUGGCUCCAAAGAUAAAUCCAGAGGAGUCUUGGUUAUCCUUUGAUCAAGAAGCACUAGUUCUACAUAAUAAGGUUCGUGCUUUUGCAGGGUGGCCAGGAACUCGAGCAAAGGUGUUAGUUGAGAAAAAUGGGGAGCAGAAAACACUGGAACUUAAUAUAACCACACGAGUUGGUAUUCACAGAAGUGUACUUCCCAAAGAAGGAGAUGAUAUUACAUUUGCCAAGGAUGCAUUGGUGUUUCCUUGUGCUGAGGGCACAGCACUGGAGGUAUUAGAAGUUCAGCUUCCAGGGAAAAAGGUGGUAAAGGCAGAUGCUUUCUGGAAUGGAUUACGGGGACAGAAAUUGAAGAGAUUAAAAGAGGCCAUCUAAUCGUAACACAGAGGGAAGAUUUUAAUAUAGUUCUCCAGCUGUUUAAGAAAUCAAUUCUUUUGAGUUUUACUUGAUUCAA